AUGAUUAUGAUAACCAAUACCACUGCGGCACACCAGUCAGCCCACCCGUACACCAGCGGAUACAUGAUGGCUCGUAUCGCACUGCCGCAAAUUAUCAUGACCUCGUUUUACGAUUUGACCCCCAACGACAAGACUGGCAAACCAUACCCCUUUGAGGAGCUCAAGGGCAAGGUUGUGCUUAUUGUAAACGUAGCUUCCAAGUGUGGGUUUACUCCUCAAUACAAAGAAUUGGAAGAAUUGAACAAAAAGUACAAAGACAAAGGUCUUCAAAUUAUUGGGUUCCCAUGUAAUCAAUUUGGCAAACAAGAACCAGGAACUGAUGAGGAAAUUGGUCAGUUUUGCCAGUUGAACUAUGGCGUUACUUUCCCUGUUUUACAAAAAGUUGACGUUAAUGGUGACAAGGCCAGCCCCGUUUACAAAUAUCUUAAAGAACAAAAGGCGGGACUUUUGGGAUUGACUAGAAUCAAGUGGAACUUUGAAAAGUUUUUAAUUGACAAGAAUGGAAAUGUUGUGGAAAGAUUCUCGUCGUUGACCAAACCUUCGUCGUUGGCAAGUGCAAUCGAGCCAUUAUUGAAGUGA